AUGGCUGGGAUCUUUCGCACCAUAUAUGACUGGCUCUUGAGGAUGUUCUGGGCCACCGAGAUGGAUGUCACCAUGAUCGGCCUGCAAAAUGCAGGAAAAUCCUCUUUGCUCCGUGUAUUGGCAGGCGGGGAAUUCACAAUCGACUCUAUCCCGACGAUCGGAUUUAACACUAAGCGAGUGCAGAAGGGUCAUGUAACCUUGAAGUGCUGGGAUUUGGGUGGCCAGCCGCGGUUUCGCCCUAUGUGGGAAAGAUACUGUCGGGGAGUUAAUGCAAUCGUAUAUAUCGUGGAUGCGGCGGAUAAGGCUGCCUUGCCGGUGGCCACGGAGGAACUGCAUGACCUGAUGACCAAACCUACUUUAGAUGGGAUCCCACUCCUCGUACUGGGCAACAAGUCUGAUCUACCGAUCAAGUUGUCAGUGGAUGAGUUGAUCGCGGCGAUGGAUCUAAAGUCGAUCACCCGUCGUGAGGUUAGUUGUUAUGGUAUCAGUGCAAAAGAGGAGACCAACCUCGACGCUGUGCUGCACUGGCUCAUUGCGCGAGCCAGUCGAUGA